AUGGAAGUUUUCGAAGAUGAUGAUCCCUUUGAGUGGUCAAUUGAUCAAGUUAUUAAUUACCUCUGUCAUUCAUCUGCACCGUGGGCUCGUCCUUCACUCCCUCGCCCAGAUCCCAAAACUCUCGAAGCUACCCUCAGAGAGAAUGAUGUUACUGGAGAAGUUCUAUUGACAGAGGUAGAUAAAGCGACCCUGGCGCAAGAUCUGGGGUUGAGGUCGCUUGGACAGCGCUCUACGAUAUUCCGGGCAGUUCAAUAUUUGCAACAGCGAUCACGAAGGUACGCUGAACACAUUCAGCCAUUUCGCGUUGGCGAUCCUCAUCUUACGGCAACUACACCCCAGAAUGCUCUCGGAUUCGUCUUGCCGCUGGAGAGCCCAAGUGUGCCGCUGAACUUUCCUUCGCCGGUCCAUACUCCUUCAGCUAUCCCUAAAACUUCAACGCAUGGCAAUGCGAAUGCUCGGGUCCGGGAAAGGAAUGACACUUCAGAGGAGCAACGUGAGUUUGAGGUCAUUUUACCCACUGGUAGUUCUUCGUCAAAGGUUCGCCCGAACGAACAUUAUAUUAUUGAUAGUAGCGGCAGUAAACGUCGCAAGUUGUCGCUCAGCAAACCAACGACCUCUGGUCCAGGCGCCCGGCAGGAGAAACCUGGAUUCAAGCAGCCUUGCCAGUAUAUUGGACCAAAAAAGGUAACUCUCUCUGACGUCUUCUACAAUGACAUGGAAGAUAGCGAUGACGAAUCGUUUGUACUUGAAGGGGCAAAAUGUCCAAUUGGACAGAAGCGUUUUGUGAAUAAACGUGUUCAGCACUACUUUCUAGAAGAACCCCGUGCAGUAGAAACUAAAGACGGAAAUGAUGCCGUUGCCAGAUUUCCAUAUAGCGCCAAAAUCAUACCUAAGGGUGAACCUCAAUAUUUCACGCUAUUCUCACAGAAUGAAGGGGCCGUUAAAGUCACAAAGGAGGACAUAAUUUCUUGGCCACAACUCAACCAGGGACGGGAUGAAUUGGAUUAUCUGCUCGCAAAGUACCCAGCUAGUGAGGAUCAAGGCUUGCCAUUAUAUGGCGAAUCAGAUUCUGAAAAUGGCUAUGAUUCUGAGACCUGGAGGGAAAUAGAACUUGAAAAAAAGGAGAUAGACGCCUCAAAGAAAGAGAUGAAAAAGCUGUCUAUUGCAGAAAUUGACAGUAUAAUCGAUGGUUGCAUUGAUUCUUUUUCACAAAAGUGGCACAAUCAUAAGCUUCCAAUUCAACAAACAAAAGCACAACAACUCUGGCUGUCUUCCAGACAACGGAAUUCAAAACAUAGCGAUGUUAAAUCUGCAGGGAAGGCAAUUGCCCAUUUAGAAAGCCGUUUGAAAUCACUUCGAAAGGCAAUAAAAGACACACCGUGGUCAAAAGCACACGAUGUACAGCAGCAGUGUCACUCCAUGGAAGAAACUGUUUUCAAUAGGGAAGUUGAAAAAUGGAAAAUAUCGAUUUUGGAACUUGAUUCAUGUCCUCCAAAACCACCACCUUUUUCUCCAAAGACAGGGAAGCUUCCGAAGCCCUGCAUUCCUGAGGAUGAGGAGUGGUUGAGCUCAGAGUGGGAGGACGAAACUGUCGACAACAUUAAUGAUUUCAUUGUCUCAGUUGAUGAUAUCGCCACUCAAAUCUCAGGAAAGGUGUCAGAGACUGAGGAUGACAUUAUAUCCCCCAAGACUUUUCGAAAAAGACGUCAGAAAAUCCCUUCCCUUCCAGAAUCCAAGAUUCUUCACCAACGUUCUCCUGAACCGAAUCGUUUAACAACUUUGACUUCACCCGCGCAAUUGCGCCAAAUGCAACAACAACGCCCCACAAGCCCUAUUGAGGUAGUGGAUCUGACUAAGAGCUCUGAUGAAGCAUCGGAACCCAAUUUCGAGGUCCACACACCUCCACUAAACCCUGUUAACCCUGUUAAUGAUAUUAACACCAAGCUCUCACCUUCUCCACGAUCGCAGCUACUUAGCGAAUUCACUCGGAUUGGAAAGAAAAAGGAAAACACUUCUAGCUUACGGCUUCCGGCCUCUCCGGAUAUUGAAGAAAUAGCAGAGACAGAUUGGUCAGUGGUAGAGAAGCGGCAUGAUCGUGGUCUUCUGUUGAGGAAACUAGUCUGGGCAAUUCCUCUGGAGGAGCAUCGUGAAUUAUAUGAGUUAAUCAGGUCUACUAACUUUGGACGAGCGAGAAAAUGUCUCCAGAGAGUGUUGCGUGGAAUACUCUCAAAACAGCACCCUCUACAAACUAGUCAAAAACACGCCCUAUACUUGAGGGCUGCUGUGCUCUAUGUUGCUUGGCAUGAAUGUAAAAUGGUAUUGGCCAUGCGAGGGAUUCCAAAAACAUGUAUUGGGAACACUCUUAACGACCAGACCAGUUUUGGUGUUUUCCACCCUCUUCUUUGUGAGGCUCUGAAGACGCUUCUAGAUAAGAAGGACGAGGUAACAAAGGAGUCACCUGGGCAACCGCCUCCCAUAUCCUCAACCAAAGAAGUUGGAUCUGAACGCCUCACUUUCUCCAAGCUAUCCGCAGAUGAGCAAAGUGGGAAUUUGGAUUUUGAAGAGCAUUCUCCCACCUCAGAACCUGAGGAACACCAUACUCCACAUAAAAGGCGAAAAAGAGCAGUCAAAGAGAGCCAGGAGGCGAUGGACACACAAAGAAAUGCUCAGCGCCGUGUUGAGCUUCAGGAACAACAGCGGAAAAGGCUUGCCCGCAAACUUCAGGGGACAGGUAUAAGCAACAGUGAUCCAGAGCGACAGGCUGUUAGCUUUGACGAUCCAGUAAUAUACCUUCACAGUCACAUUGGCGCUCGUGUAAAACCGCAUCAAUUGAGCGGAAUUCAAUUCAUGUGGCGAGAGUUGAUUAAGGAUGAAAAGCAUCAGGGUUGUCUUUUAGCUCACACGAUGGGACUGGGGAAAACUAUGCAGGUCAUAUCUCUUUUGAUAACUAUCGCAAACGCAGCAGCUUCAGACGACCCUAAAGUGAGGAUCCAGGUUCCCGAAAGCCUCCGACUUUCUCGUACCCUUGUUUUGUGUCCUUCCUCUUUGAUUGAAAAUUGGUGGGAUGAGCUUCUAAUGUGGACACCCGGCGACGACCCUAAAACCAGUCGCAACCUUGGACCAUUCCGAAAAAUUUUACCUACGCUUCAACUUGAGGAACGGCUGGAUGGGAUUACAGCUUGGUAUAAGGAGGGUGGUAUUUUGCUAAUGAGCUAUGACAUUUUCAGAGCAUUAAUUCUCAACAAAGCAAGGAAAAAUCGCCCACCUGUUCUUGACGAUCACGCUCAUGGCAGAGUGCGAAAACAUCUUCUUGAAGGUCCAAGAAUCAUUGUUGCGGAUGAGGCUCACAAGCUGAAAAAUAGAAAAGCUGGAGUUGCUGAAGCUUGUGGUACGUUCGUAUCAAAAAGCCGCAUUGCGCUAACAGGAUCUCCUCUCGCCAACAAUCUAAGGGAGUACUAUGCAAUGAUAGAUUGGAUUGCACCCGGAUAUCUUGGGGAGUUUGUCCAGUUCAAAGCGAAGUAUAUUGAGCCAAUUGAGGAAGGACUUUAUGCAGACAGCUCGCAAUGGGAACGCCGUAACUCCUUGAAGAAACUGCAAGUUCUAAAGAAAGACAUUGAUCCAAAACUGAAUAGGGCGGAUAUUUCUGUCUUGAAAGGGUCACUUCCACCCAAGGUUGAGUUUGUAAUCACUGUUCCGCUGACUACCUUUCAGGAGCAAGCAUACAAUGCUUAUAUCGAUGCCCUCGCAUCGGAUAAGGAAGCUAUGGGAAAUCCAAGGCUAUGGGACUGGUUGUCUAUUUUGUCUCUACUCUGCAAUCAUCCGGCGUGCUUUAUGGAAAAGCUUCGAGAUCGAAGCAAAGGUGUUCAAAAUUCCGCGUCAAAUUGGGCCUCCAUUGAUUCUGAUUGUGAAAUGCCAGGGGAUGCCCCCAUAUCCCAGGUCCACUCUCCCGAAAUGCUCACGAGCUUAGAGAAGGUUUUCGCCACUGACCUGGAUUUGCAAUCUCUCAAACUGUCUUAUCGUGCCCAGAUUGCGGAUAAAAUCAUUGAACUAUCCAUCGCAGUUGGUGAUAAAGUUCUGUUAUUUUCACAUUCAAUCCCAACGCUUAAUUACCUCGAACAUGUCUUAAGGCAGGCAGGUCGAACUUAUUCCCGUCUAGAUGGAAAAACUCCCAUUGCAACGCGACAGAUAUCUACAAAGAACUUCAAUUCAGGUUCGUACACACAGGUUUACCUAAUCUCAACUAGAGCGGGAGGGUUGGGUCUCAAUAUCCCGGGAGCGAAUCGUGUUAUAAUUUUCGACUUCCAGUUCAAUCCUACCUGGGAGGAGCAAGCCGUUGGACGCGCAUACAGGCUUGGUCAACGUAAACCAGUAUUCGUAUAUCGCUUUCUUGCGGGCGGGACCUUUGAGGAUAUUAUGCACAACAAAGCUGUUUUCAAAACUCAACUUUCGUAUCGUGUGGUUGAUAAAAUGAACCCAGUACGGUGGGCUUCCAAGUUUUCCAAAGACUACCUUUUCAAGCCGAAGGUCGUUCAUCAAAGAGAUCUCACGGAAUUUAAGGGGAAAGACCCUUCUGUUCUGGAUUUGAUUCUCUAUGAAACGACAAACAUACGGAAGAUUGCUCUUACAGAAACCUUCCAACGUGAGGAUAGUGAUAAGUUGACUCCAGAGGAAGAGAAGGCUGUCCAGGAGGAACUUGACGACGAGAGACUCAAACGGAACGAUCCGGCCGCAUGGGCGAGAAAGAACAGAGAGCGGGAGCUGAGAGAAAGCUCUGCACGAUCAGUGGCUUAUCAUCACCCUUCCCCUCAGCCGCCAAUGGGGGCCUUCCCAUAUUCUUUGCACCACCUUGCAAAUGGUCUUGCAUCUUUCGCUCCGACGUCUAUGCCACCAGCGGUGCCAUCAGCGAAUUCUGUAACGGGCCCACCUGCCUUGUCACCGGACACCAGCCUUUUCAACUGUCUUAAUGGGUCAAAUUCUACGAACAAUACGAGAUUAUUCACGUCAUGGCGACCCAGUGCCAAUGAAAACAUGUCUUCCGUCCCGUCUCCAUUCGGAACUAUUACCAACAACCCAAGAUUACCUAGUGGCCAAACAGCUCCCCAUCAUCAUUUGGAAAACAGCAAUCAGCCUCUGGAGAGAACUAACAAUGGAAUAAGAAGCCCGGUAGUAAGGCAGGGGUUAGAUUAUAGGACAGAUUCUACAUCUACCCACGGAGAAGACAGGACAUCCUACGCGAAGACUGGUACGUCAGGCUGCCGUCAGCAAUAG